AUGCUGACUCGCGGUUCAAUUUCGUGCCCCGUCAAAGGGAAAGGCUCCAUUGAAGUGCUAGAUUGGAAUAUUCCAACUCGCCUCAACUCGAAUCAUAUGCCGAACUACACAGACGAAGCUGGCGAAAUCGCUCGUCGUCUGAUGAUUGUUAAAUUUGGCAAGCAAGUUCCCGAUGACGAAGUCGAUGUGGAACUUGAGCAGAAAGUACUCUUGAUCGAAAGGAAGUAUCACCCCAUGGCCGAGAUGGGGCACACGCGAAUCCGUGUUGAAAUCGAAUCGUCUAAGAACCUUGACAGGAAUAUUGGUCUUCACAAAAGCAUCUUCCAAGCUCGUAAAUGGACGCUUCUUCGCGAUUCGGGCACGGUAGGCCGGGCCUACACCCUCCACGAACUCCAGCUGAACCUCGGAGCUCGUGUUGAUGCACGACACAGAAAUGCAUCUCCGGAUGGAGACCCGUCUGCAGGCUGA